AUGAUUUGGCCCGUUUUUACGGCUCUGCUGGCUUCAGCCAACGCCGCCGACCCGAUCACCUACCAGACCGACGUCACCCCCGAUAACGCUGGAUUCUAUGGGGUAGAGGGUGCAGGCGACGUAGCAAGCAUUGCCACGUUCACCGCCAAGCAGACGACGGCGCUCGGGGCGCAGAUGGACUGCCAUGCGCUAUACGUUAACACAUCUGGCUGCUCCAUCGACAUGUACCUUGGAAUAGAGCUGCCCGCUGACGCGAACAAGGAGAAGAAUUUGUUAUUAUCUUUUACCCGCGACAACUACGCCGGCUACAAAACCAGCCGCGUCCGCGCCCCAGCCGUCACUUUCUACUUUCCGCCGCGCUGCGAUGGCAAGGUGGCGUGCUACGGACAAAAUUUGAUCAAAGACGUGUACCUCGACGAGAAUUCGAUGGGUUUCUUCAUGUUCCCCGCCGGCGCGUACCCAUCCACUUAUACGGCUGCCUAUACAUGGACCAGCGCCGCCAAAGUCAGCAUUGAAGUGGUGUGGGCCGAGCCGGGCUCCUCCGGAAACUUGACAGUCAAGGCGGGCGCGGAAACUAAAGUCUUCACCCAAAAAACGGCCAACUCCGGAAAAGUUCAGGGUGUCGGCAACGGACUGGAGGUGGACUGGUGCCCAUCCGACGAUUCGAAGAGCGGCUUCCUCGCUCGCUACUUCACCGGCUACGAGCAGCCGCAGCCGGAAGCCACCACCAAAUCGGCGAUGGCCCUCGCCGGAUCCCUUCUAAUUCCACUUCUGACUCUUCGCUAUUUU